UACAGUAGUACGCGCCCGACUCCCACUAGCCGCGCGCUGUCUGCGCACACGCAGCCUUAGCGCCAAACGAAAAUAACCUGAAAACCUCUAGUGAUAACCACAGUGUAUGAAACUUUACUAGGAUUACAGUGAGAACUGAAACGUUGAAAAGAACUGUGAUGUGUUCAACUGUUUAGUGCUUACAACGUGACUUUACGUCUAUUAACUGUUUAUGGCUUGUGCAGUGCGCCUAUUGUUGUGUGGAAGUCACUAAUCCCCUAUUCACCUGUCCACGCCAAGUGUGGUUAGACUGUGAAAUGUGACAAAAAAUUGCAAUGAUACAUAAUUGUUCGGUUUGGACCCUCGGUUUGUAAACUUUGCGGGCGACUACCUGACUACUGGAGGGUUGAAAGCGUCGGCCGAUCGAUCGGACAACCCGUCGCCUUAUGAUUCUUCCUGCGUAAUGUCUGACAACGGAGGAGCAGCAGUAUCACGGGCGUCGACACCUCGCCCAGUAACGGAAAGCCCUGCCAAUCCACCUUUACGUUCCAGACAUGACCAGUUCCUCGCAAGCUCUGCUGAAAGAGCCCAAAGACCCUCGUCCAGUGGCCGAAACCCGAGCGGAAAUUUCGACUCGCCUCCUCUACCAUACCACCGUCAGAUAACUACAGGCUCCCUUCUCACGGCAUCCCAUCGUGAAUCUUCUGCUUUCGUUCCCGUAGUCCCAACACGAGCCAUGCACCCCGUUAUGUAUCCAAACGAUAUGCAUCCUCCAUUAUUACCUUCAGAAAUCAUAGAACGCGAGCGAAUUCUGGAAAGAGAUAGAAGCGAAUCGGCAAAAGGUUCCCCGGAUAGGGCACCUGCCAAUUUUCCUAAGCGAAAUUCAUUUGAUAUAAUGGCUAUGAUGGUGGAAAAGAGGAAGGAGGUAGCGUUGCGGGAAGCUGCAGCCGCAAUGUUGAUGCCUCACCAUAGAACUUCGUCAAUAGAAGGGAUGAUAUCAGACGGAUCAUCACAACCGCCUAUUUAUGGCCCUCCUGGUGCAUUUCUUGGAGCACCGGGCCCUUCUCCAACGGCUGCCAACAGCUUUACCUUCCCCGGAGCUGGGUUAUUUCCACCAGGUGCUGGGCCGCACCAGAUGCAUCCACAUCUAGACAGGCGAUUACUCAGAGCACCUGGUAGAGCAUCAAGGCCGAAGAAGCAAUUCAUCUGCAAGUUUUGCAAUCGGCAAUUCACAAAGUCUUACAAUCUGCUCAUCCACGAAAGAACGCAUACUGAUGAACGUCCCUACUCCUGCGAUAUUUGUGGCAAGGCAUUUAGAAGACAGGAUCAUCUACGAGACCAUAGGUACAUACACUCAAAAGAGAAACCCUUUAAGUGCACAGAAUGUGGAAAAGGAUUUUGCCAAUCGCGGACCUUGGCGGUACACAAGAUUCUUCACAUGGAGGAGUCUCCUCACAAAUGCCCCGUCUGUAGCCGAAGCUUUAAUCAGCGAUCAAAUCUCAAGACUCAUUUAUUAACCCAUACUGAUCAUAAACCCUAUGAAUGUAAUUCCUGUGGAAAGGUAUUCAGAAGGAACUGUGACUUAAGAAGACACGCGCUAACACAUGCCGUUGGUGACGUCCCAACAGGUGACGUAUUAGAUGUGGGCGAAGAAGAUAUAGGUAGACCAGGCUCGCCUAUUGAACCAGGUUUCGAUGACGAAGAUCCGGAGCUAUCAUCUCCAGAACAUUCUCCAGUGAGAAGAGCACGUUCGUCUUCAAUCGAAAGCAUUGGAAGAGAAAAAAGUGAGGAAAGACCACGCCCAGUAUCCCCAUCGCCGGUCGAACGCACACAUUGCCAUCAUAAUGAAGCUAGGGACAGGGCUAGUCCUUAUACAAUGCGUCCACAGCAUUUAGACAAACACCGAAUGCCAUCAGAUUUAUUUGAAAAACGGCGAUUCACAACAGAUGAAAUCAUGGAAAAGGAGAUGCGCUACGUUGACAUACCUGAACACCAAAUACGUCACCCACAACUACAGAUUCGUCGUGACUUACACCAAGUACCACCACCUGAUCCAUCUAAAAUCAAUCAAAUGGCCAGCCCACCUAUAGAUCCCGGGCCUACAGGAAUGUAUUUAAGUCCAUUCAGAAAGAGAGGUCAUCCGCCUGAUAUUGGAGAAAAUGUCAGGACGUGCGCAGCUGUUUAUAGAAGUCGGUCACCUGAACCCACAAACUUGACUAUGCCCAGACAUGCGAUUGCUAACAAUGAUGUAGUAAUUGGUAUACCGCCAACGAUGAUAGCAAUGCCACCAUACCACAAGUUUGGACUGCCACUGCCCCCGCCACAUCCACAGAUUCCGUAUGGUCCAGUUCCACAUUCUGUUUUGGGACCUCAACAAACUCAAGCCCAAGAUUUAAUUGUCAAACAUGCUCCACCAAAAGAUACAGUACCGAGUACUUCAACGAGUGUUACUAAUUGCAAAAACAUUCCUCAAAAUACUGCGAAAGAUAAUCUAGAUACAGACUCAAAUUCGAUCGCUAAUGGGAUUAAAAACAUCGUUGGCAUACAGCCAAAUACUAAUCCAAAACCUGGGACGAGUCAAUCCAGUGGACCUAAAAAAGGCUUUAGCAUAGAAGAUAUAAUGAGACGUUAAUAACUUAAUUUUAUUUGAAGGAAUAAGUGAUAAUGUUUUAGACAUAAUUGUAAAUAAAUAUAAUUUUAUUAUUAAUACUGUUAGAGUUAAUAUUCGAGAAGUAUUAUUAGAUUGAGGUUUUAUAAAAGUAUAAAGAAUUCCUAGAGGUAUGAUUGUACGUAUUUGUGACGUGGAUUUGGUUUUCGUAAAGAUCUCAUAAGAUUUGUUUGUGCAGUGUUUUGUUUACGUCCAAAAUUUUAAGAAACUAGUUUAUCAAAAUUAUAAGCCAUACAUGUUUAAUUCUAUUUUAUGUUUGAAGUUCCAUUGUAUGAUAUAAUUUUAUUUAAUUGUGUGUGAUUUGACGCAGGAAAUGUGAGGUGACUGUAUCAGAAUAACAAUGUGUUAUUUAUUAUUUAGAUAUCGUUAAGUUAAACUAUUAAGACAGCAAUGCUAGGUUAUUUAGUUUUACAAUCUAAAAAAACGUAUUUAUAAUUUUUAAGAGAUUAUUUGUAAGAAUAAGUAAAAUGUAAUAAGUAGAUAUUGUUGAAGCCACUUAAGGUAAAUCUAAUGUGGAACUUUUGAUAAAAUAUUGUAAUAACAUUAUAUUAUUGAUUAUUUCAAUUUAUUAUACAGGAGAUAUCAAAUACACUUUUUGCUGAUAACAGAGAUAUUAAAACAUUUUAAUAAA